AUGGAGGAAUGCAGGAAGAUGCAGCUUCAAGCUGUCAGAAGCUUCAAGCAGGCAGGUGACUCGGAGCGGGAAAUGACUCCUUGGUCACCCGUGGAAAUGCAGGCACCUCAUCCACCGCACACACCUCCUGAAGACGCACUGCUGCCAGCUUGGGCCAUCGUAAAACACAACAAGGCCAAGGACGGCAUUAAUUGCAGGCGGGCGCGGUUCCCCCGCGGCCGGGGAGCGAUGGCGGCGGCCGGGCCGGGCCCGGGGGCCGGCGGCGCGGUGAAGACGCUGGCCCUGGUGCUGGAGGACGAGGCCCGGCGCGGCGGAGGCGGUGGCGGCGGCUACUGCAGCGGGGACACGGUGUCCGGGCAGGUGCUGCUGGAGCUGGCGGGGCCGCUGCCGCUCCGCGGGCUGCGCCUGGAGGCCGCGGGCCGGGCGCGCGUUGCUUGGAGCGAGAGCCCCGGCGCGGUGCCCGGGGCGGGCACGUGGGGGAUGGCGGUGCGGGCCCCGGGGCCGGGGCCGCGGCGGGAGGCGGAGGUGCGGUACCUGGACAUCCGGCAGAGCCUCCUGCGGGACCCGCCCGAAGGUGAGGAAGACUUAAUUCUUCUAGAUGGAAGACACGAAUUUCCGUUCAGCUUUCAGCUCCCUCAAGAACCUCUGGUGACCUCUUUUACUGGGAAGUAUGGCAGUAUCCAGUACUACGUGAAAGCAGUUCUGGAGAGGCCUGCUGUACCUGACCAGAGUGUGCAGACAGAGCUCCAGGUCAUCAGCCAUAUCGACGUCAGCUCACCAGCACUCUUGACACCUGUUCUAAGAAGUCAGGAGAAGAUGGUUGGCUGUUGGUUUUUCACCUCUGGGCCAGUGUCUCUCAGUGCCAAAAUUGAGAGGAAGGGAUACUGUAAUGGGGAAGCCAUCCCAAUCUAUGCAGAAAUUGAGAACUGCUCUUCUCGUUUGAUUGUUCCAAAAGCUGCCAUUUUCCAAACACAAACUUACCUGGCCAGUGGGAAGACAAAAACCUUCCGUCAGAUGGUUGCCAAUGUCCGAGGAAACCACAUUGCCUCUGGGAGUACAGAUACCUGGAAUGGGAAAACUCUGAAAAUCCCACCUGUAUCCCCAUCUAUACUUGACUGCUGCAUUAUUAGAGUAGAAUAUUCAUUAGCUGUGUAUAUCCAUAUUCCUGGUGCUAAGAAAUUGAUGAUUGAAAUGCCUCUGGUGAUUGGCACUAUUCCAUGUAUUGGAUUUUCGAGCAGAAACUCCAGCAUUACCAGCCAGUUUAGUAUGGAUAUGAGUUGGCUGGCAUUGACCAUGCCUGAACACCCUGAAGCACCACCAAAUUACGCUGAUGUAGUGUCUGAGGAAGAGUUUUCCAGACAUGUUCCUGCUUAUCCACCACCCAUUGACUGUGAGGAACAGUUGUGUUGUCCUGUCUUUGCUUACAUACAAGAGUUCCGGUUUCAGCCUCCACCUCUUUAUUCAGAGAUUGAUCCACAUCCAACUGAUGUAGAAGAAGUUCAGCCCGUUUCAUUCAUGCUCUGAAGAGGAUUCAUAACAAGCAUCAUUGUGAUUAAUGUCUUAAUCUUUCUGCUGCUUAAGCUGGUAGUGCAGCUAAAAAGGAAACAGUUUUAUUUUUCAAAACUUCAGUCUGUACGAGAAAGGCAAAGGAGAAUGGAGAAGGAGGUAUGAGCACGUUUGGUGAUAAAAAGAGAACCUGCUGGAUUAGUCUGCACAGAGGAUAACAGGGGAGCAGCUCAGCUUGGGAUACUUGAGAAGUACCUGAAAAUACUGAAACAAAAAUGCAUCAAUGGAAUGUUUUCCAAAAAGAGGAUACACUACACAAAGUAUGAGGAGGAGAUGUGUGGGUCUUCUGAAGAGAAGAGAAUUUAUAUUUUGUUUGCAGUGCUCUGGAAGAAUGUACAUAGGGAUGUCGAGAACUCCUGUAGUAGAACAGAAGGUGGGGUAAGAAAACAUUUCCAAAAGAUUCCGGUGUUCAGGGGUCUUCAGCUUUGCACCGUCUGCAUGGAACACUACUGCAACACAGAGCAAAGUCUUCAUGUUUGAUGGGAACCUGCCCUUCUCACAACUGCCAAGUGGUAACAUUUCCUCAUUCAUCAUGCUCCUGAGGACACCCUGGAUGCCAGGAUGGCUAUUACGAAAUAUUAUGAAGGCAACCAUUUCCUGAAUGCAAGACACAAGUGUGAAACAGAACAGUAAACUUUGAGAUGAGCUUAUGCACUAUGCUUUCUUUCAAGGGAUUUCUUAAGGGAAUUAUUCUAACCUCUUCUACUGUGAGUUCUUCUUCUGCAUCUUAAGCCUAUGGAUAGCAUGAUAAGGGGAAGCAUGGCAAGGGAGAAACCUUUUGCCAGCAGCAGGUAUACUUAGCAAAAUGGACAAUAUUUAUUUAUUCAAAAGCCUUUAUAAGCCUACCUCUGUUUUGGAUAUUUACUUAUGGUCAGAUUUGAGACCAAAAAGUCUUGUUAAAGCUCCAGUAUACUUCAAGGUUCUAAAAGGGACCCUAAAUGGUUUCUGUGGUUAGUGAAUGAGAUACAAGGUGUAGGGAGAGGUGUAAAUAUACCCAGAAUAGACAUAGCUUAUAACUGAAGUGAAAGCAGAUGCUAGGGGAGCAAAGUCCUCUGGUAAUGGCACAAAGCUUUUCAUUACUCCUGCAUUUUUGUCUAAAGAUCUAUUGUCAGGGGCUGCACUGGUCAUUUGCUAUCUAUACUAUAUUUGUUGGUGUGUCCUUGUUUUUGCUGUUUAAUUUUGUUUUGGUGCAAUAUUUUAAUGUUUUCUUCCUCAGGUCAUUUAGAACAGAGAGAGUUUGUUGCUGCUAAGAGUGAAGGCACAGCAUUUACUUGCCCUUCUGCUGCCUUCAUUUAAAAGUAGAAUGUUUGCUUCCUGCCAACCAUCAAUUGGGAUCAGUAAACAAUCACCAACAAAUCACUUAGGGGAGCAGAAAACAGCAUUGUCAACAUGCACGUUUACAGUCCUGUCUUUGAAAUACAGGGGAUUUUGGACUACUAGAAAUACUCCUGAUGUCUUACAGAAGGGUUUGGGGUUAAAACCCGGUGCUUCAUGUGGUAAAACAGUGUACUUUCUGAUAACUGCAACAAUAGUAACUAAGUUUCCUUCAUUUCAUCAGUAACUGCAGUUUAAACAAAGUCUAAAUGUUUUUUAAUGAAAUCUGUCUUCACUUAAGAAGCAGGGAUUUUUCUACAGGCAUACACGGAUAUAUAUUUUUAGUCCUCUUUUAGUAUAACUUCCUUACAUUGUCUAAUUUCUAGCACUUCACCUCAAAUCACUUUUGCAUCAGUGUGAAAGACAGACUGGUGGAGAUUCACAGUUUCCAAACUGCAGUUACUCCUUUCAUUUGCAACAUUUAGUAUUGUCUUCUAUAGCAAAUGCAGCUUUAACCAAAAUUUGAGUGCAUGAUUUAGAAAGGGCAUUCUGAACAUUAUUAUUUGAGUCUCAAGGUGUAGCUCUCAUGCCUUUAUAUUUAAGUGAGGGCCUGCCCAUACAGUCAAUGCAGGAUUUUCAUUCACAUCAUCUGGAAAGGGAACAAGCAUCUUUUCCUUAAAACAGAUAUCAUUAUAGUUACUUGAAAAGUAAUUUGGUCGUGUAUUAACUUGCAUGGUAACAAUUCAAAAUAUUAGCUUAAAGAACAUUAGGUGCUUUUUUCGACUGUAAUACCUGAUAGGUGAUGUGUGCUACCUGGUAUAAUCAUGGUCAAGCAAACAGCAGUAUGAAGGGUAAAGAUGUGCUUUUUUUGGUUUUUUUUUUUCUUUUUCUAAGAUAUUUGAGUUGUUUUUUUUUUAUUAUUCUUUGCAGAUAAACUGUGGCCUUAGAUUGUUUGCCGCGAAAAAGUUAACUAUUGUGUGUUUCUUAGGAAGCACACAUGGCCCUUCAAAGGAGGGGUGAAAGCAAGAUCAAGUUCUGCUCUCUGGCACUUCGCUUAGUGCAGAAAUUGAUCCUUAAAAAUAAUUACUGUUUGCACAAUAAUAAGUUCAAUAUGCAGGGGCUUUGUUUUGAUAACUGUGAAACAGUUUAAAAGAGAAAAAAUUAAAAAAAAAAAAAAAAAGCUUUAACAUACAGGAACAUGAUUGUAUUUUGUACUAAUGAAUGAGCCCCAUGGGUUCUUUGUUAAUAAAAGUGUCAAAUCUACAUUGUGCUGUUCAUCUCUGGUUUGGUGCUAUGUCAAGGAGUACCUGUGUUCUGCCCCACAGCUCUCUGUCUCUGCUCUGAUCUGGGAAUUAUGCCUUCAUCUGCCACUGUUUUAGUUCCCUGAACUAUUCAUAACCAAGAACUGGAACAAAUUGAUCAAACGGGGCCUACUCCCACCAUAGCUAUUAUGUAAUAGGGGCUCUUACCCAUAAGGAUUUUGAAGGAUGUGAGCUCUAAUUGGAUUUCUCAUCUCAUAUAUUAAUCUUAGAGGAUAUAUUAUUA